CAGCUUAUGGAACAGCUGACAGUUUCAUAAAUUAGUCAAUUUGAAUAGUUGUUUGUUUUUUUUUUAUUUGAAGUCAUGGUUGAAGCACAAACUCAAACGACGACCACGACCGCGUCGACGCCACCCAUAGAUCAGGUGGCAUCUAUACAGAAGGUGCCCAACAAGGAAUUGGAUAUAUAUCGUGAUACAUUUAUACGUUACAUGGGUUAUAGCAAUGAGAUAGGCGAAGCCUUUCGUCCUCUGGUCCCCAAAUCUCUGGUAGCUGCAUCCUAUGGCAUGGCCAUUGGUUAUGUGUGCACGGAUACAUUCGACAAGUCCUUGCGUCAACAAAUGUCUGGCUCCAGUCAUCGAGAGGUGGCCACAGUGGCAGCCGAUGUCUUUACUUGGCAAAUGAUGGCAUCUGUGAUUAUACCAGGGCUCGUUAUCAAUAGGAUUACAUGGGCCAGCAAAAGCCUGUUGACUAAGGCUCCAGUGAGUGUGCUCAAAACAUUGCCCACACUUAUUGGCUUGGCCAGCAUACCGCUGAUUGUGCAUCCCAUUGACAGUCUGGUGGAUCGUGUGAUGGACGCCACUUUUCGCAAGGUUGUGCGGUAAAACAGGAUACAUUUUUGACCAGCGAAUUGGUCAAAUCUUUCUUCAUUGUGUACAUAGAUCGGUGCUAGUUGUAUUAUUCUUACAUUUAAUGCUUGUUAAAACUAAACAAUAAAUUCUUGAAUACUUUGGUA